AUGUCUGAAUACUUUAGAAAGUAUAUCAAAAAAGAGAAUUAUCCAAAUCAUUUGUAAUUAUAUAUUCAUAUCUAUCCUUUUUAGUUCAAAUAUUAAAUAUAAGACUUCUUUUAGAAAUUGUAUAUUAGAGGUAUCAAUUAUUAAUUAAUACUAUAAUAGGCUUUUAAAAGAAGAAAUUGGAAAGAAACUGAUGGUGAUGAUUGGGAUAUUAUGUGGGCAGAAAAAGAAUGGAUACAUGAAGUUAUGGAUCAUAUACAUCUUCAACAGCAUUAAAAAAUCAAUCAUUUUCGUAAUCACUAUGAAGUAUUAAAGAAUUAUUAAGUAGCUUACAAGAAAAGAUUUGAUGAUAAAAAAUCUUAAAAAAUAAAAAAGGAUGUUAGAAAAGGAAGGAAAAAUAGAUGAAGCUAAUUCGUAUAUUAAUAUUCCUUUUAACGAUUUAGUUAUAAUUUUUUCCCACUUACAUUUCAUUUACCAAGUGAAUAUCCAAUCUUUAAUGAAGAAUUCAAGAAAUAGGGUGAUAAUAAAACUGCUUGGAUUAUGAAACCUGUAUAUUUUAUAACAUAUAAUAUAAGAUAGGAAAAUCAUAAGGAAGAGGCAUAUUUUUAUUUAAUAAAAUACAACAAAUCUCUUAAUGGAAAAAUUAAGUUAAAUUUAAUCCAGAAAACCCAUCUGCUGAAUCUUAUAUAGUUUAAAGAUAUAUAGCGGAUCCUCUUUUGAUUGGAGGUAAAAAGUUUGAUGCUAGAAUUUAUUUAUUAUGCACCUCCUAUUCUCCUUUAACUUUAUAUUUAUAUAGAACAGGUUUUGCUAGAUUCACUCAUCAUAGAUAUGAUAAUGAAGACAUUACUAAUACAUGUAUUAAUUAUAAAUCAAUUUUAGAUGUACAUUUAACAAAUGUUGCAAUCUAAAAAACAUCAGAUAAUUAUGAUGAAAAAUUGGGUGGCAAAUGGGAUUUAUAAAAAUUAAAAUUAUUUUUAAUGACAAAAUAUGGAUAAGAAAAAGUUUAAGAAUGUUUUUAUAAUAUCCAAUAAUUAAUGAUUAAAUCAUUAUAAGCAGUUUAAAAAAUUAUCAUAAAUGAUAAACAUUGCUUUGAAUUAUAUGGAUUUGAUAUUCUAUUUGAUUCUUCAUUAAAACCAUGGCUAUUAGAAGUGAAUGCAAGGUUAAUUUAUAUUUAAUUUAAUAAAGUCCUUCAAUGACUUCUAAUACUCCUAUUGAUUUUGAAUUAAAAUGUGGGUUGCUUGAUGAUGUUUAUACAAUCAUUGAUCUGGAAAAGAUAUUAACUGGAAAUGAAGAAUAAAUUGGAGGAUUUGAUUUAAUAUACAAAGGAGGACCAAUUAAAUCAUAAUAUUACGCUUCAUAAAUAUCUUUUUUAGGUACUUUUAAUAAUAGAAAAAUAAAUUUAAAGAAAUUAGCCAAAACAUAUGGUAAUUAAAUUUAAUUUAUAUUAGCUAUAAGAUUAAGCUAAAUGACUCCUUAGUAAUAAAUAAAAAGUUAAGAAGGAGUGAAAAAAGAUAAAGAUGAUAAAUAAAUUAGAAGUUCUUCAAAGAGUUCUUAAGUUCAUCAAGUAUAAUACAAUUCUAUAUAAAGAAUACAAAUAUAUAGAAUAAAGUAGUUAAUUAACCAAAAAGUAUUGUAAAUAUAAAACGAACUUCAACUGAAUUACCAAUAUUAAUGAAUAAAUAAAAUGCUUUAAGAAAGGAUGUUAAUUAGUAAAAAUAAACCAUAUCUGUUUUAUAAAAGAAUGAAUUAGAAUAAAAUUAAAAUAAAAUGUAAUUAUAAAAUAUCUAUUUAUUAGAUUUUCAUAGUUAAAUAAUUCUGCAUUUAGUCCUUAUUAAUAAAAUGAUAGUGUUACAAAUUAUAAUAGAGAAACAAAAAAUAGUUUUUAAACUUUGCCAAAGAUUAAUAAACCAGAAUCUUUUAUAUCAGAUACAUGA